AACCGAUUUUUACGAGGAGCUCUGAAGUAAGAAUGAUUACGGGGGGGUUCUUCUGUCUGAGGACACUCGGCUCCAGAGAACAACCUUCACGGACUGUGAUGAUAAGACCCGGUGCCUCCCUGGUCAAACUGACUGAACACGUGCCUCCACCUCCUUAACAAGAACCAUGACGGCCAUCACCGCACCCCAGGACAAAUACAAGGCAGUAUGGAUCAUUUUCUUCAUCCUGGGCUUGGGAACCCUCCUACCCUGGAAUUUCUUCAUGACAGCAACAAUGUACUUCACCAACAGGCUGAAGGACCCACCCGCCCACCUCUCCUCCAAUCAGACGGCUAAUGCGACUUUGACGGGCGGUGAUACUCGCAGUGUGCUGGAGGCAAAGUUUAACAAUGUGAUGACACUGUGUGCCAUGCUGCCUCUGCUCAUCUUCACCUGUCUCAACUCCUUCCUACACCAGAGGAUUCCUCAGAAACUGCGAAUCUCUGGCAGCCUGACAGUCAUCCUGGUGGUUUUCCUCCUGACAGCGGUGUUCGUCAAGGUGGACAUGGCCCCACUGCCGUUCUUCACCAUCACUAUGAUCAAAAUUAUCUGCAUCAACUCGUUCGGGGCGAUUCUUCAGGGCAGUCUGUUCGGGCUGGCGGGGAUGCUGCCUGUGUCCUACACCACUCCCAUCAUGAGCGGACAGGGGCUGGCCGGCGCCUUCGCUGCUUUCUCCAUGAUCUGCGCGCUGGCCUCUGGAUCGGCCCUGCAGGACAGUGCUUUUGGCUACUUCAUCACAGCCUGUGUUGUUAUUCUACUGGCUAUAAUGUCCUACCUCACUCUGCCCAGGAUGGAGUUUUUCCAGUACUACAUGGAGAGUAACAGAUCCAGACACACUGCUGAUGAGGAGAACAAGAUGGACCUACUCAAAAAAGAAAGUCCAGCAGAGAAGCGGCCGGUGGUGAGUCUGACGGAGGAUGAAGCCAAACCCAGCGUGUCUGUGAUUAACAUCUUCAAACAGAUCUGGGUGAUGGCUCUGUCAGUGUGCUUCAUCUUCACCGUCACCAUAGGAAUAUUCCCAGCUGUGACCGUUGAAGUCAAAUCCACAGUAUCAGAUGGAAGCUCCUGGGAAACUUAUUUCAUCCCUGUGUCAUGUUUCCUGCUUUUCAACGUGAUGGACUGGGCUGGCAGGAGUCUGACAGCCAUCUGUAUGUGGCCGGGUAAAGACAGUAUCUGGCUUCCUGUCCUGGUGGGUCUGCGAGUCAUCUUUAUCCCCCUCUUCAUGCUGUGUAACGUGCAGCCUCGUCACUACCUCCCUGUGCCAUUUCUCCACGACGCCUGGUACAUCGUCUUCAUGAUCUUCUUCUCCUUCUCCAACGGAUACCUGGCCAGUCUCUGCAUGUGCUUUGGACCCAAGAAGGUGCAGCCGCAUGAGGCAGAGACAGCGGGGGCCAUCAUGCCCUUCUUCCUGUCGGUCGGCUUGGCGCUGGGCGCUGCAUUGUCAUUUGCAUUCCGGGCCAUGAUAUAACAUCCCCUGCAGAACCUCCAGUAAUGUAGAGUAGACCCACCCCACCAUCAUGACCCUCAACAGGAGAACCUUUCUAAAACUGCAGUCGCAGAGCUCCUCUACGACGUCCGACUGAGUGGAGGCAGCACAGCAGAGCAGAAGGCUAGAGAUCCUCAGUCUUCUGAUGUGGACAGCAAGAGAUCUCAUUCAGCCACCAUGGCAACAGUAUAAGCUGAAAUAUGUUACUGAACGUUUUAUUUCUUUCAAACACCAACAGCACAGUGUGUGAACCUGUGUGAGGUCCUCCUGUUUCUGGGGAACAUUCUCCUCUGAUAAAAGAGGCUGUUCCUCUGACAGUGAGCGAAGCAAAACAAACAAAAAAAUCUGUUGUGGUGAGCUUGUCAUCUGGGAGACAGCAGAAAUUCAGCAGGCAUAUUCAAAAUUUUUACCCAUACAAAACAGCCGGAUCUUGAACUAGGCAGUGUUAAUGACGACGCCCUGCGCACAUAGUGACCUGGAGCUUCGCUCAUACAACAUUCUGUUGCCGCAGCUCAACAGAAUAGUGAUCAAAUGGUAUUGUAUUGAUGAAGUUAAAACCAAGUUGCAUCAUUAUGAAUUUCUUUCAGUAUUUUUGAAGCACUCGUAUUCUGAAAAAAAUGAGGUUAGAACAGUGUGUUAGUAAAACUUGAGGCUCUUAGAUACCUGCAUUUGGCAAGUCACUUUGUAAAGUGUGACUCUCAUCCUGACUUUUUUUAAAUGACAUUUGCACAUGAGUGAAACAUCUCUCUGGACUGUUGCAGCUUUUUAAUUGAUCAAACCAAAUACACAAAGACAACAUGGAAAAACGACGGGGUAAUGACCCAUCAGACAUGUCGUGUGCAUCAUUUAAACUGCUGCUUCACUCCCACGUUUUUUCAGCGUCCACUCAGCGCAUUUGACUUUGUAAAUGUCCUCAUAACAAAUCAGUAAAUUGUGUAAGAAACUGUUUGACCUGAGGACAUCCUCUUGAUUCAUCAAAUGUAAUCAAGUUACAUUUAUUUUCAGCCCGCGUGUGAAUAUUUUUGCUAUAAAACAUGACAUCUUUUGAACACAGCAAAAACUUGUGCCAUUGUGAGUGAGAUUAGUAGACUUUAAAUCUUGAGUCUGUGCCACAUCAGAUAUGUUGAUGAAGAUAAGUUUUAUGCCUUAAGUAGUUUUUAUUAUGUUUUUAAACUCUUGUUAGUUUUGUUUUGAUGAAUGAGGAUAAGAGGCCUUCUGCUUGUCAGUAUAUUUUUUUAUUUGCAUUUUUAUGGUAUUUUGAAGCAUUAUUCUGUUUAGUCUGUUUUAGUUGUAUGUGAUUAUAUUCAUAAUACCAGUUGUAUACAUCCUAACUGCCUGGUUGUUUUUCUGUACUUUGUAUUUUGGCUGGUAUGGGAGCCUGGCAUGGCCAAUUACAGCUUCAAACGUGUGACAAAAUAAAAGAGUAUUUUUAAGA